AUGGCUCGUCCCUUCUUGUUCCCGGGCUUCGUUUCCUGGACGUGCAUGCAGCAUGCACAGCGUAUAACCGUCCUAGCGCUUGUCGGAUCUUUAACAGACGCAGCAUUUGCGCGCGCCUGUGGUGCAGUCCAUGGUUCCCUGUGCGGCGACUUGUUGUGUAUCCCGUGGCUAAUAAUACAGCAGCACUCGAGUCCCGAGCCGUCCCCGCUGGCGAGGGUCGAGCCUCCUCUCAAGCGCGGCCACGACAGGGAGGAUGGCUUGGCAAGGGACUCGAGCGCUCGAGGUGCCAUCAGCCCGCGCAACGGGCCUACGGCGAGCCAGACGUUUUUGGCGCUCCACAAGAGGCAACCAACCGCGUCGAAGGAGCGAUUCAGACCCGCCGCGGCAGAGAAGCCGUUCCCAAGUUGA